AUGUUAAAAAUCUAUUUAGCUGAAGAUUCCUACAUUGUCGGUGGGACUAAUGCUUUAGAUGGAGCUUAUCCUUAUAUAGUGUCUCUAAGACAAAAUAAUAGUCAUUUUUGUGGCGGAUCCAUUAUCUCAAAACGUUAUAUUCUCACCGCGGGUCAUUGUCUUAUCCAGUGAAGUCAAAAUAGUCCGGAAGAAAUUAUGAUGUCACUAUUUACCGAUCCAAAAAGUCUCAAAAACGUAACAGUUCAUGCUGGCACGAAUCGUUUAAGUGAAUCCGGUUAUAUUUAUAUUCCUGAAGAAGCCAUUGUCCAUCCUGAUUAUGAUCCUUAUUUAAUAUUCAACGACAUUGGUUUGCUCCGUCUGAAAAUAGAUAUACAAUACAAUAAAUUGGUGCAACCAAUCUCUAUCGCAAAGACGAAUUCUGUUUUGGUUGGCGAUGCUUGCUUUUUAACAGGAUGGGGAACACUAUGGUACUUAGGUGAACUUCCUAAUAAGCUUCAAAAAGUUAAUCUGAAAGUUUACUCACAAUCAAAAUGCAAAAGUGUAUUCUGGAGUAUAAGGUCCAGUCAAAUUUGUGCAUUUUCACAAUUUGGACAAGGAGCAUGUCAUGGUGAUUCUGGUAGUCCACUCGUUGCCAACGGUACUCAAAUUGGUCUUUCCUCGUAUGUUCGACCAUGCGCUAGAGGAUUUCCAGAUGUAUAUACUAGAGUAUUCUCUUUUGCGAAUUGGCUUGCCCAGUACAUCAUUCAACGUACCAUAGUGCUUAUCGCCAUGAAUGCUGUCGCUGGUUUUAUAAUCGCGUAUCUGGCGCUCACCACCUGUGGUUUGCCACAUCCGCAAAUCGUAGGUGGCAAUGACGCUUUGGAUGGCGCAUAUCCUUAUCAGGUGUCAUUGAGAAAUUUGACAUUAGAUUCUUUAUCUCAUUUUUGCGGUGGAGCCAUUAUAAGCGAACAUUACAUUAUUACUACUGCCCAAUGUAUUAAUCAAUUCGAGAAUCCUUACAACGUUUAUGCCGUCAUUGGAAGCAAUUACCUUAAUGCAACUGAUGCAAUAGUAUAUCAAGCAAAAAACUUGAUAGUACACGCUGGUUUCAAUAAUUUGCUACGUGUUCAUGAUAUUGGUUUAAUCCAAGUAUCAAGCAAUAUCAUAUUUAACAAAAACGUCCAACCGAUUGCUUUGUCAACUACCGAUCGCAAUUUUGAUGAUUAUCCUCUCUUAGUCACUGGCUGGGGAGAUCUUUGGUCAAGCGGUUUAGCUUUUAAUCGCUUGCAAGAAAUUAUAGUAAGAGGAUAUUCCCAUGAGUUAUGCAACAGAUGGGCAUACGUCAAGGAGACUCAUAUAUGUACUUUUACAACGGAGAAUGAAGGAUUUUGCCACGGAGACGCUGGUAGUCCACUCGUUGCUGAUGGGGUUUUAGUUGGUCUUAUGUCGUACAGUUAUGGUCCGUGUGGUACAGGUACUCCUGACGUGUCUACCAGAAUAUCUUCCUAUCGAUCGUGGAUUAAAUACUACACAGGGAUCUGAUACUGUAAUAGAUCUACAAUACAUCAAAUCGUCAUUGCGAAAUUUUUUACAAUUACGACAUUUAUUAUUUUAAAACACCAAG